AUGGUUUCAGCAGUAAUUCGUGCAACGAAAUUGGAUCGUCGAGAAGAAUCCGGUGAUAUUGUGAAAGCCUUGCCAGAAGAUCUCACUGAGCAGAGUCAACCUGAUGUGCCUGAAUCGGUGACGAUGCGCUGCCCAGCAGGAAAGAAAAUCAGAAACUGCUCACCUACAUUCACACGCUUCCCACAAAUGGUAUUAGUUGGAUUCGCCGAGGCAGUAGCCGAUACAUCCUCAUUUGAAGCCUGCUUUGAGCUCUGCCUUGAUAGCUUCAGCACAUUUGGCUUCAAUUGCACCAGCGGCAUGUAUUUCUUUGAGAGUCGUCAAGCUCAAAAAGACCUUUUUGCCGAGGAGAACACCGACAUUGUGGAUUACUUCGAAAUCGGGUGCGAGAAACCGCAGAGACGUCGCAUUCAUGCAGCCAGAACCCAUACCUUACCUGAAAAGCUGGUGAUUGCGGCAGAAACGCAGACGGAAUGGUCAGAGUGUGAAGACGGCUUACAACAUCGACGACGGGACUGCAAUAAUCGCGAGAACUGUGGGCUAGAGAGCCGUCCUUGUGAAGGAGAGAUCAAAUCCAGCUCAGUUCUCCAAGAUUCACCAGAGGAACUACCAACCCACGAAGAUAUUGCAAAAGUCAAGGCAGAAGUUCGAAAACAUGGACUGCGCUGUGCACCAGACAUAUGUUGCGACGUAUUCAACAAAUGUUCUGUUGGUCUCCGGCUCAACUCGAAAAUGAAACGACUUGAAUGGUGUAAACGACCGUGUGCUGACAAAGGGCGUAAACGAACCUGA